AGGAGAUUCAUGCAGAGAGCACGUCGGAUGUGAACAAACUGAGACCGGAUCGAAAAUCUGAAGCUGUCUCUUUACCAUGAAAGUGUCCCAAUGGAACUAAAUUCAUCAGACUCCCUCUGCAACGAAACAAUUGCCUGGAUAUGGCUAUCUUCUCUACAUCCACCGUUUCUAGCUCUUGUCAGCAUCCUGGGAGUGGUGGGCAACAUUCUGGUCCUCUGUGUGUUCUGCCUCCAGCAGAAGCCUUGCAGUGUAGCUGAUGUGUAUUUGGGUAACCUGGCAGCUGCAGACCUAAUCAUGGUACUUUGUUUGCCCUUCUGGACGGUCACUAUCGCCCAAGGCUAUCAAUGGAACUUCGGUCAACUCCUCUGCAAGCUGGUGAACACAGCCAUUUCUAUGAACUACUACUGCAGUAUGCUCUUCCUGGUGUUGGUCAGCGUGGACCGCUACCUUGCCCUGGCCAAACCCAUGAAGCCCAGCAAACUGAGACGUCCUGACUGGGCGAAGCGUGUCUGCUUGGUGAUUUGGGCAGUGGGCUUUCUGCUUAGUCUCCCAACCCUGCUGUUCCGAAAAGUCCAUUUUUUUUCAUACUUCGAGGUGGAAGCCUGCUACCUAGAUUACCCUCAUCCAGCCUGGGAGCUCCAAUGGAAUAUUACAACAAACGUGAUUGGCCUCCUUGUUCCUCUGCCCAUCAUUUCAUUUUGCACCUAUCACAUGGUCAGGGCACUUAAAAAUAGUGGCGUGGUGAUCCAACCAAGAGUGCAAACAGAGAGGAAAGCCACCCAGCUGGUUCUGACAGUUCUUGCUGUGUUUCUCUUCUGUUGGAUGCCCUUUCAGCUGGUGCGUUUCCUAGGCUCUCUAGGCUACUUUCAGCUCUUACCUGGGUGCCUGUGGGAACACAUCUUGGACAUCAGUGUCCAGCUGGCUUCUUACUUGGGGUACAGCAAUAGCUCAAUAAACCCUUUCUUGUACGUUAUAGUAGGGAGUCACUUCAGGAAGAGAGCUAGAGGGGUUUGUAGGAGUCUUCUGUGUCCUAGAUUGAAGGACAAGACAUUUGCACUCACAAAUGUUACUGUUAUUAGCAAGUGCAGUGACAGUCGCAAAGGAUCACAAGACAGAAUAACAGCACUGGACCUGAGAUCUGUAUGUGUGAACAUCCCACACGUUUCUUCUGGGGUGUCACUAUGCAACAAUGAAAAUACAAAUUUUUAGCUCCACUGGUAAAGUCUUGCACAAACAGCACAAAAGUCAUGAGUUCAAUUCCCAGCCAACGGACAUACUGAAAAUAAAUAUAUAUAUCAUGAAUGCACUGUAAGUCACUUUGGAUAAAUGCAUCUGCCAAAUGUUUAAGUUUGAAAGGUUUCAUAUAGCACCCUCUGCAGAUAUUUCUCUAAGCUGUCACUGAUUACUUCUUCUGAACUCUGUGUUUUGUAUGGCUGUGGUUAUCUAUAAAUUCACAGUUUACUUGUGUAUAUAUUUUUAAUACAAAAUACUGUAAAUUUGAGGAAAAAAUAUGUUCAUAGGUAUGAUUUAAAUUCUAUAGUGUGUUUAGUAUGAAGUAUUUUAAAUGUGCCUUUGUGGUUUGGCUGUUGUUGGCUAAUAUGUCUUAAGCAAACUGAAAUGUAUCCAGUAAAGAUUACAAAUUAUUCUAAUAAAAUUGUAAUCAGUAAUGUAAUUUUAUAGAUUACACUUUGAGGUAAUCUAAUCUGAUUACUUUCAGAUUAAAUAGGGAUUAAAGCUGAAGUGAGAAUUUUAUCCGGCACUAGCGUCCCCAAACGGAAUUGCAAAAAUUAACAUUGUUUUCAAACAACUUUAUCAAACACUCCCCCCAUGUGCCAAUGAUCAAACAAACAGAUAAUCCCGCCCCCAACUCAUGCCAUUGAUCGAGCCGAUGCUGUGUCAGGCAGGAGAGGCCGCUCAAAACAAACAGAUACAUUUUUAUAACACCACAGAGAGACAGGGGAGAAUACACCAAAAAUUAAUUGCACCCGGUAAAAGCACAAGCUAUUUGCAUGCGUGGUCAGCGCUGACUUAGUGGCCAAUUCACUAAAGGAAUUAAGCAGAUCAGGCAACGCCGCAAAUAUGGCCACAUAAUCUAUUCUGAACAAAAUUUGCAUGCAUAAUUCUGAUCUUGCAGCCCGAUUCUGAGUGCUAUAUAGCGGAGGAUACAGCAGACCACCAUUAUCUGACACACUUUGUCAGGACUGAACAGCAUCACUGACUACUAUGAUCCAGACACCUGAAUCAUCUCUUUAACAUGCUGAAAGUAUGCCGAAAGUGGGUAUAUGCCAGGCUAUAAUGCUCUUCUUCAGUGUUUGAUCAUUAUUUAAAGAAUUACUGCUGAGAUGAUCGACUGAAAAUGUACACAGUCAUCUAUUUUAAAUAAAAUGCAUUUAACCUCCUGCUUUCAUUAGGAACUCGCACUCACUAAACAGGAACUCAAAUAUGGCCAUCAUAUGCAACUAGCUAAUGGCUUAAGCAACCACGUCAUUUUGUGGCGCUUCUACGACACUUUCGGCUCACUUGUCAUGCUUUGCUAGACUCGUACUCCGGUCUUCCGCAUUCAAAGUCCAUCGUUUUAGCUGCCACGUGACUUAGUCAUGUUGGAAUAAGCUUGUAAAUGUAGUGAAGUGUAAAAUGUAUUGUCGUUUAAAUUAUGCAUUAUAGUAAAAGUGUUUAGAUGUCAUAAGA